AUGCUCUAUGAUAUGGAGUCCCAUAGCAGGGGAAGGGGCAUUGGAGUUGCUUUGGAGGGAAAGAAGAAGCAAAGGGUCGCAUAUGUCCCAGGUUGCAUGACACUAUUAUGUCACUCACUCUAUGGCUUGGAGGUGAACAAUUACGAGCAUUAUCUGAACUUCAUUGACAAAUAUACCGCAUACCGCAUAGAGCAUCUCUUGAUCCCUUUGGUCAGGGACGACCAUUGGCAUCUUGUAGAAGUUGACCUUAAAGAUAAAGUCGUCAAGCAUUACAGCUCCGCUGGGCACGAAGCUUGGAUGGAGCCUGUUAAUAAAAUCAUAAAAUUCUUUGAUGCCCAUCAUGCUGAUUUUAUUGAAGACAAUGUGCGCCAAAUAUUUAGAUAUCAAGCCAUCAAAUGCGAGCAACAAAGAGGACGCUUUGACUGUGGUGUGUUCGUCUACCUCUUUGUAAAAUCCAUAAUUAAAGGACGAUCAACAUUGCUGGUUAAUCCUCCGAAUGAUAUCCCUGAAGCUAUGCGAGCAAGACUUGCCGCACAAUUAUUACUGGCUGGUUUUGAACAAGGACAUAAAGAAGAAACAGUGUACAUUGAUGAAUGA